AAACAGAGCUUGUUUCCAGAGAGCAGCGCCCUCCGCCCGAGUCAGAGCAGUAUGCUGAAGAACUCGCUGCUAUUGUUGAAACUCUCCACUCAGAGACCCAUGGAUCGGUUGUUGUCCUCUAGUAUUGAAAGACUGCUUAAAGACACGCUCCUCCCGAAGGACCCCAGGGCGCCACAAAAUUCUCAGCUCGUCAGUGAACUCUGCAGACGAUACUUGACCUUAUCUGAAGAUGAUCAGAUGAUAUUCAUGCAGAAGCUGGCCACAGACUUCGAUGUAGAUCGAAGGAGCGUUUGCGGCGCAGCGCAAGGAUACCUCGAUACCUUUAAGAAUGAGGACCCUAAGGAUAUCCCCAUCGUUCGACUGGAAGAGAAGCUCAGACAGGCGCUCACUCCGAAGUACAUGGAUUUAUUUCAACAAAUCGGCAAGGUCGAUGGAGGAGUGAAGUUCCUCGUCGACCUUCGCGGUCACAUGUUGGAUAUUCUGGCGAAGAACGCGAACUCAGAUCUAGCAGGCUUGCGGACGAUGAGUAACCAAUUGAAAGAAUUGCUCUCCGUGUGGUUCUCAGCCGGUCUGAUGAAAGUGGAGCGAAUUACGUGGCAGAGCUCAUGUCAGAUGCUGCAGAAGAUAUCAGAGUACGAAGCCGUGCACCCGGUGCGGGGUUGGCUCGAUUUGAAACGUCGUGUGGGACCCUAUCGGAGAUGUUUUGUUUUCUGUCAUUCUACCAUGCCCAAUGAGCCUAUUGUGGUUCUGCACACCGCACUGAUGCAGCACGUAGCGGAAAGCAUAAAAGAGAUUGUUCAGCACCAGCAGUCUCUGGAAUCAACGAGUUCCCUGCAAGCCAUGGCGCUCCCCUCAUCCAUGGAAAACCUGGAAGAACCCUCCCGGAUAAAUGCCGCUAUAUUCUAUUCUAUCACAUCUACACAAAAAGGUCUCCAAGGCAUAGAGCUCGGGAGAUACCUGAUCAAGAACGCCGUGCAAGAUCUACAAGCUGAACAUCCAAGCCUGUCAACGUUCUCCACGCUAUCACCUAUACCGGGUUUCAGGGACUGGAUACUCACCUGCCUCGCUCAAGCAUCCCGGAAAGAACGAAGCUGUCCGUUCACUGUUGAUGAGCUGGAGACGAUCACGGAAGAGGAAGACGCCGGUGAGGCAACAGCCAUGCUCUAUGAGAUGAUCAAAAGCCAUCUGUGGUACAAAAAUGAGACGCUCAAAGAACGAUUGAAGGAACCCUUGAUGAGACUUUGCGCACAAUACCUGUUCAGAGAGAAACACCGAGGCUUCGCCCUGAAUGGAGUCGCGAAUUUCCAUCUGAAAAACGGGGCAACCCUGUGGCGGAUCAAUUGGAUGGCUGACACUUCACUCCGUGGCUUGAACAACUCGUGCUCUCUGAUGGUGAACUACAGAUACUUCCUCGACAGUAUGGGCCUCAAUAGCGCACAAUAUUGCAUCAAAGGAGACAUUGACGCUUCGAGCCAGGUGUUGGCCUUCGCUGCAGAGCAGAUGAAGCUCGAUGUCGAAUCAAGUCUCUAA